AGGGCCAGUGUGUCAGUCCCGGAGUUCGUGCGAGCUUUUCACGACGCGUUCGGUUUUCUCGCUGCGUGCGUUCUGCUGCUGCCUUCUGCCCACUGUGUGUGCGGUGUGUGUAUCUAUAGUGUGUAGUUGGAGAGUAGGCUGGUACUCGCGUCGCCGUGUCCCCGUGUCGGUUUUUGGUGGAAGAACAGCGGCUCGCCCGUGCGGAAACGUGAAGUUUCUCUCGUUUUAAGCUAGUGAAAGAAAAGCUAAUCCAGAACACUCAAAAUGUCUACCGUCGACAAGGAAGAGCUAGUGCAGAAGGCAAAACUAGCCGAACAAUCUGAACGAUACGAUGAUAUGGCACAGGCAAUGAAAUCAGUAACAGAAACCGGAGUGGAACUGUCAAACGAGGAAAGGAACCUACUGUCCGUCGCUUACAAGAACGUCGUCGGUGCCCGAAGAUCAUCAUGGCGAGUGAUAUCGUCGAUUGAACAGAAAACGGAAUCCUCUGCCCGCAAACAGCAACUGGCACGAGAGUACCGGGAACGAGUUGAGAAGGAACUGAGGGAAAUCUGCUACGAAGUGCUGGGUCUGCUGGACAAAUUCUUAAUUCCCAAAGCCAGUAAUCCAGAGAGCAAGGUGUUUUACCUCAAAAUGAAGGGAGACUACUACAGAUACCUAGCUGAAGUAGCCACCGGCGAAACCCGCCACACCGUAGUUGACGAUUCCCAAGCCGCGUACCAGGAUGCCUUUGAAAUUAGUAAAGGCAAAAUGCAGCCAACACAUCCUAUCCGAUUGGGUCUUGCGCUCAAUUUCUCCGUCUUCUAUUACGAGAUCCUAAACUCGCCCGACAAAGCCUGCCAGCUGGCUAAACAGGCAUUCGAUGACGCGAUUGCUGAGCUGGACACGCUGAACGAGGACUCCUAUAAAGACUCGACACUCAUCAUGCAGCUGCUGCGAGACAACCUGACGCUGUGGACGUCCGAUACCCAGGGUGACGGUGACGAACCACAGGAGGGUGGCGAUAAUUAACCAAACUAAAAUUAAAGCGAAACAAAAAAACCACACACACACGCAUACACACUACCAACAACAACAACAAAACAGCCAACAUAGACACGCAGACACGAAACACGCCACACACACACACACAUACAUACACGGUACACAUUACACUACAGACACAGACACAAACACACACACUUAAAGCAUAAUAGAAAUUCCUUUUGACUAUUGAUUAAUACGAGACAGCGGAAGGGAACCAUCACCACAGUUGGUGUUGUGCGAAGAAGAUGAAGCGAGCGCAGAUAAAAAAAGAGUAGCUUCCGCAAAACAUAGCAAAAUAUCGUGCAAGAAGAGCAGCAGGCAUUACAAAAAAGGAGAAAAAAAACAUCAACAACAGCGCGCCACCGCGUCAGUGUCUCAGUAACAGCAAGUCAGCAGGUCAGCAGCAACAGCCAAACGAUGAUGGUAUGCAUGUUGGACUGGAAAGUAGCAAAAAGGACACACAACACAACACACCAGUCAUCGAUCGAGGCAGAGAUAGAGAGUAACGAAAGCAGGCAAGCCUUUUUCCCGUUUGUGCUCCGUGGCCGAACGGAGACGUACAUUAGUUCGAUUUCUUGCGAACGAGAGUGAAUUCACUCUUGAAGGAUAGCACAGCACUCAGCAUCAGCAGGUCCGAAAACGGAAGAAGUAGUAGGCAUAAAGUAGACCAGCCAGCCAGACAGACGGCCGCGCGGAUACUCUCGUCGCUUGUGAUGUGUACGUCGUCAUCAUCCUUGUGUCAUCUCGCAGGAACUGUGUGGGUGUGUGUGUGUGCGUGUGUGGAUGUGUGUGUGUGUUAUGUCAAAGAAGAAGGAACGCCCGAGGAACUGGCAUAAUUUUGUUGCUUUUUAACGAGCACGAAAUAAAGGAUUGGUGUAACAAUAA